GUUGUCAUUUUGACAACCCAUAUUUACAUUUCUUGAAAAAUAUUAGAUUUUCGUCAGACGAAAAUGUCGUUUAAAAAUAGUUUAAAUUAAUAUUGCUAGUCUCGAAAUCAUCGAUUGGCGUUUAAUUGACAUUACAAUUAGUGAGGUUUAACCUAAUACUUGUUUCAUCCUCGUAUCGUGGUGACCAACUUUGGUGCGCUUAGUCAAGCAGUACGUGUACCAUCAAAUUUUCACCUAUAGUCCUGAAAUAUUGUCACCGGAGAGUGAAGGAUAAAAAUAAAACAUGAACAAGGAAGCAGCAGAGGAUUGUGUGGAGAGGGCAACCGAAUAUCUCGCCGCAGGAAAAAUCGAAAAGGCAGAAAAGUUACUGACCAAGUCACUGAGCCUUCGUCAUACAAAGCGAGCUGAAGAGCUUUUGGAGAAAAUCAAAUGCGGAGCUUAUACUAAGCGAACGUCUGGAAAUACUAGCGAUAGCGAUGGUGUAAGACAAAGAGCAACCGCUGGGCAAAAUGCCAAGUCAGAACCUACCAGUGAAGCGGAAUAUACUUCGGAACAGCUGGAAGCCGUCAAGAGAAUUAAAAAGUGUAAAGAUUACUACGAAGUGCUGGGUGUUUCCAAGGAUGCACCGGAUACCGAAAUCAAAAAGGCAUACAAGAAACUAGCGCUGCAACUGCAUCCGGACAAGAAUAAGGCACCCGGCUCGGUUGAGGCGUUCAAGGCUAUCGGUAACGCCGUUGCUAUUUUGACCGAUGCCGAGAAGCGGAAGUCGUACGAUCUGUACGGUUCGGAGGAACAGCAUCAACCCACUCGUCGUCCUCGUGCCCAGUAUGAGUACGCGUACUCGCGAGGCUUCGAGACGGAGUUUACCGCCGAGGAACUGUUUAACAUGUUUUUCGGAGGUAAUAUUCCCACGCAGCACGUCUAUAUGCGGCAGCGAAGAUUCCAUCGUGCCGAACAUCAGCAGCAGCAGUAUCGUGAGCCUCAGUCUGGAUAUGCAGCAUUUAUCAAUUUGUUGCCAAUUAUUUUGCUUAUUGGUCUCUCGAUGAUGUCAUCCUUCUUUAUAUCGGAUCCUAUUUACAGUUUAACGCCAAGCCAAAAAUUCUCGGUCGCCCGCAAAACAAACCACAUGAAAAUUCCGUACUAUGUCAAGGAUAACUUUCACUCAGAAUAUCAGGGAUCAGUAGGUCGGCUCGAGGCAUCGGUGGAGGAAGAAUACAUUAAUAACCUCAAGCAUUCGUGCCAUCGAGAGCGGAACUAUAAGGAAACUAUGCUGAUGAAAGCACGCAACUUUGGUGACCGAGAUUUGUAUCUCAAAGCGCAAAACAUCAACACACCCUCGUGUGAUAAACUGCAGAGUUUGCAUAACUAGUCAGUCCGUGACAAUGUUGUUUUCAGUGCGCAGCUUUCCGCAGCAAAACAGGAUAUUUUUUACGCGUGGGAUUAUCGGCAUGUUUUUACCUAAACUAUUGUAGAUUCUGGACAGUCUAUCCGGCUUAGUGCAAUGGCAUUUAAACAAAAUACCGCGAUAGUGUUUCGCAAACAUUGUUGCAAGUUUCGGGGAGUGUUUAUAUGUAAUGUGCAGUAAAUUAUUUCAGUUUCAGCUUGGAUUAAGCCGGUCGGAGAAAUAUUCAUUUGGUUCGACUUUCCAAUGACUAGGUUUGAGGUUAUGCAGAGCAUGAACUCCUAUUUAUGUAUUAUUAUAUUUUUCGUUGAAAAUUUCCCUUGAUUGUGGUUUACUGACGCGUCAGUUUGUUAUCUUGAAACUAUACCAAAAAAAAUUAA